GUCUUGGUGUUGCCUGUACCAUUCAAAGCACGGCUUGUCGAUUACCCACCAUUGUUCUCAUGUCCGUGCGAUUUGCCGUCAUGCUCUUCCUCAUUGUUCUGUAUCUUAAUCUCAUCACCGGUCCACAUACUGAGGACCGACCACGCGAGUUAGGCUUAGACUUGCCUGUAAUCAGAUUAAAGAAGAGGAAGAUCGGAAGAUUUAGUCAUCUGUUGCGGUGCCCCUUUACCACUCACCGGAGGCUAACCGGCGUGUCCUGAAUGAUAUAUUUAUUGACUGGACUAAAUGCUUCCCCAGUUCCUUUUCAUCUUUCAUUCAUCCGAUCAUGGCUGGCGACCUACUCCUGCACUUGCACUAUUCCGACAAUAAUAACUAUGAUAUGCGAACGUUCCGCCUGAACAAAAUAGACGAAGAUGGUGCCAAUGAGGUGGAGUUCUACAAGUUUUUCCACCCGCUACCUGACUCCUUUGCGAGCGAAACGACCUACGAGCGGAUGAACCUAGUGACGGGUCAGUGGGAGAAGGCAGGGCACAUCGAGUGGAAUGGCAGGAACAACGCCAACGUGUAUUUUGGCGGCAUGAACCCUAAAGUGAACAUCCGAGAACUACGGAGAGUGAAGAAGAGCAACAGCCAGUCACGACGUUUCAAAGCUGGUGAUACUGAGUACAAGUGGAAGAUUUCGCCGGAGGACGCUGGCUUGUUUUGCGAGACGAAGCGUGGCAAGGUCGUGGCAACGUGGACCCACGAUACACGAAUACUCACCGUAGGAGACCGUGUCCACGAACACUUGGAUCGUGUCGUGGUGACAUUCUUGUUGAACCUAUGGAUGUGGCAGAACAAGUGGUGGUAGAUCCGAAAAUGCUGUCUUACAUGUGCCCCGUAUGCUUGCUAUCGCCUAACGUUGUACUUAUCGUUCCAUCGCUUUCGUGUACGUUGAUAUUAGCAAUCUAUUCGUCAUUCAAAUCC